AUGAAUAUCUAUUAUGUGUGACUUCUGUAUGUCAAAUUAUGGUUCAUGUUUCAAACCACAAAAUUCAUAAUUAUAUUGUCAAUCAUAUCUAUUGAAUAUAUUCUGGUAUCUUCUGUACAUUUUGUGAGAAAUGCAGCUUGAAAAAUCUCGUUCCCAACAACAGCAAAAAAAAUCUUACGAUGAUCUGCCCAGUAAAUUACAUAAAAGAUUAGGAGCUGGGGAAUGCAAAUGUUCCGAAAAUAAUUAUCCGUGUAUUAUUGUACACGGCGGCGCAGGAAAUUUCAAUAAUGAUAUAAUCAUGGAAAAAAUAACUGGUUGUAAAAAAGCUGCUAUCAAUGGUUAUAAGAAAUUGAUAAAUGGCGAAAAUUCGAUAGACGCUGUAGAGGCUGCUCUAUGGUGGUUAGAGUGUGAUGAAUUUUACAAUUGUGGUUACGGGUCUUGUUUAAACGAAAAAGGAGAAGUGCAAAUGGAUGCAAGCUUAAUGGACGGUUUAUCGUUCAAAUGUGGGUCAGUAGCAGCAGUGUCAGACAUAGAACAUCCUAUUACGCUUGCAAAAUAUGUGUUAAAUAAUUUUCCAAAUACAAUCUUUGUGGGUGAUGGUGCUAAGAAUUUAGCGAAGCAUGCAGGCCUAAAUUGUAUAUCCAAAGGGAACCUGAUAGCGCCAAUGGCAUGUAUAAAAGUAGAAGAAGAAGAAGAAGAAGAAGAAUUGGAAGCCCACAUCGACAAUUUAAGUUUACUGGGAGCUGAUAUGUUAACAAGUAAAUUAAAUCCUUUGGAUACGACAGACCUGUAUUUAUUUAGCUACUGUUUGUAGACAGUUUGGAUACCGUUGGCUGCAUAGCUUACGAUGGACACAGUAUUGCUGUUGGGAGUACAACAGGCGGUUUAAAUAAGAAAUUAGUAGGAAGGGUAGGAGACGCUUCCAUCUUAGGUUGU